AGAGAGAGAGAGAGAGAGAGAGAGAGAGAGAGAGAGAGAGAGGCGGAGAGGGAGGUUAGAGAGGGGGGUAUAUAGAGACGGACCCGGCAGCAGAUGUGACAGAGGGGGGGAGGCUGUAGCAGGAGAACAAUAAGCAGUCUAGCAGCAGAGUAGCAGCCUUUGUCCGGGCAUUCUCCCUCCACAUGCUCCCGCCGAACACACAGCAGAGAAAGGGACCGCGCGAGGACCCAGCCAGGAGACAGGAGGGGAGCGAGAGCACACACUAACGCAAGGCAACCGAGGAGCGACAGCAGACACAGAGGAGAGAGAGAGAGGAGCGAGGGAGAGAGAGAGAGAGAGAGAACAGCCCAGCAGACGGGCGGAAGAGGAGCGAAAGAGGACAUAGAAGAGGAGCGGAGCGACACGAGAGAGGGAGAGAGAGAGAGCAAGAGAGAGAGAGAGAAACACGGACACUUUAUCCAAGCUCCAGCCUGCCCCUGGGUUGUGGAUUCAGAACUUGGACAGCUCCGGAGCACUUUCAGCACCCAGCCAAGCACGUCAGCUGUGAGUCUACGCGAAUGUAGGCUGCUGUCAGCCGCCAAGCUGUCUCGGUCCACCAUCACCGAGGGGGUGUGGAGACGUCCGAUCCACAUGCAGCCCUCCUGUACUUUGCAGGAGCCCCCCUGCGCCCCCAGCACCAUGGCCAGCCUCCCCAGCCUCUUCAGCCUCCCUUCCAGCCUCUCUGGUCUGCCCUCCACCAUCCCCAGCCUCCCCAGCCUCUUCAGCCUCCCUUCCAGCCUCUCUGGUCUGCCCUCCAGCCUCCCCAGCCUCGCCAGCCCUCUCCCCAGUAGCUUGGUCAGCUUGCAGGGGCACCUGGGCGAGAAGCAGCUGUUUGAAAAGUUCUGGAAGGGGACCUUCAAGGCUGUGGCCACACCCAGACCAGAGAGCGUGAUUGUGGCCAGCAUCACGGCGAGGACCCGACUGGCUAGCACAGAGACGUCGGUGUGUCGAGCCGUCAGUGUGGAGGAGAGGAAAGGGGAGGACACAGACGGCAGGGUGGUCAUCUCUGAUCGACGGAGAUGCAUCCGAGACAAGAAACGCAAGCAUGGCUGCCGUCGCCGGCCACGGAGCCUGUCCCUGGUGGGUGACAUGUCUCCUCGUCCUCCUCCCAAAGGCAAGAGGAAGAAGAGGAAGUCUGAGCGCAGGAGGAAGAGGAAAAGGUCUCCCUCCUACAGCCUGUCACCACUGAGGAAAAAGAAGAAGAAGAAGAAGAAGAAAAGUUCUAAGAAAAGCAAAAGGCACAGGUGCUCUUCAAAAAAGAAUAAGCACAGCUCUUCAAGUUUGAAGAGAAAGAGGAGAGAGGAUCGAAAGCAAAAGAAAAGCUCACGGAGCCACUCCCAUCACAAAAGGAGAUGCCGCAGGUCCGAGUCCGACAGUUCAGCCUGCCGUUCCUCCAGCGCAGAAAGCAGGAGCCACCUGGACCGGUCCGCCCUUAGAGAGGUCGCCACGGCAACGUUGGAGCACAGGGGACACCCGUGGGGACCUACGGCCAAGUCAGUCUGUAAAACGGCUCCGAGCCAUCGCUUCGUCCUAUCCACGGGCACCUCUUUACCAGCAAAACCUGGAGUCAAGACUUUAAACGCAAAAGGGAUUCACCAUCACACUUUACCACCUCCGAGCAAAGGACCACAGGAUUACGAUUCUGGGAAUGACACGUCUUCACCGCCAUCGACUAAAACCGGUGUUUCACGGGUAAAUGGCACCGGCGACAAAAGGAUCCUGUGCCCAGCACUGGCCUCUCUGGAGAAGCAGAAGUUCCCAGAGGGAGAUAAUGCAUCCGACUCAGGAAACUCUGUGACCAGCUAUGCUUCCCUGUGCAAAACUCUUCGCGUGGAAGGUGGUUUGGUCUCCUUUAUUCUCAACAGGAACUGCAAGAGCAGCGAGCCGAUGACCCCCAGAUGCGGGGCGACGGUGGCGGUGAGAACACAGCAGAACGCCGUCUCCCCGGCGAGGGCGGACGCCUCUUCGCCAAGGCGGACACGGGGGCGCUCGUCCAGCAGCAGGAGCAGGAGCCGGUCCUCGGGGAGAUCCAGGCGCUCCGGACGCCGCUACUCCCGGAGCCGGUCGCCGUCCUCUGCCAGGUCGUACUCGCGCUCUGUGAGUUACUCGGGCAGUGUGAGGAGGCGAGGGAGUGUGGGCAGUGGCCGCUCCAGUAGAAGCUACUCCACAUACAGUCCAGACAGCAGAGUCAGAGAGCAGAGGAGGCGCAGCAGCUCCCGGGAGAGGGACGGAAAGAGCAGCCGGAAGAGUACCAGAAAGAGGCACAGACGCAAGUCCUACUCUCCCAUGAGGAAACGGAGGAGAGAUUCUCCCAGCCACCUGGAAGCCCGUCGCAUAACCAGCGCGAGGAAGAGGCCCAUCCCUUACUUCCGCCCCAGUCCCUCAUCCAGCAGUCGCUCCGGCAGCUUGUCGUUGUGGAGCAGCCUCUUCACCCGGAGCCCAAGCCGGGGUCGCAGCCUCAGCCGGGGCCGCAGCGACUCCAGCUACCGGAGCUACAGCCGCAGCUCGUCCUGGAACUCCAUAUUUGGCGGGCGGAGCAGGAGCCGGAGCCGAUGUCGUAGCUACGUCUCGUUGGACGAACCCGGCAAGGCCCGACGCUGAGCGUUCGGCUGGCUGGGGCUACGGGAGGAGGCUGAGUCCGUGUUCCUGGUUCCCUGUGUCAGCAGGAGGCCGGGGGAGGUUAGGGUCCGCCAGUGUGCCUAGGCCCUGGGAGAGGGUGGGGGAGGCUGGGCCUGGGUUUCCCUGGGAGAGGGUUCAUUUGAGGCGAUGUUGUCCACAGUCUCAACAGGGACCAUCGUGGGGGAAAGAUGUCAUGUUAUUUUUGUUUUGGUGUUUGUUGUGUGUCUCCCAGCCUUUUCCAUCGCAAUGGCUAAGACUGUUCCUACUCGUGACUCUCCUUGUGAUCCAGUCCUAGAAUAAAGCCAACCAGGGCAUUGUUUUCAGCCUCAAGGUACAUUUAGUGCAAUGUAAUGUCCAAGCUCUACCCUGGGAUGUACACCAAAGCUUCACUGGGGAUCAUUGUAGUGAUGGAGUCAGAGAGACGUUUUUCAGGAAUUUGCCAGAAACUAUAAAUUUUUUCUGAUGUCUGUGCUUCAGAAAAGGUAGAGAGCAAACAUGCUUCCUCUGAAAAAUAGAGGGAGGCAGUAAAGUUGACGGCAAACAAACUGCCUGUCAGCUCAAAUGCCAGAUUUAUUUGUCCUCUGAUCAAGUGAAAAACAAUUGAAAUGUCAUGUCGGAGAAUAUGAUGGAAAACAACCUAAAUACCAUACACGGCUGAGAAAGUGGCUGUUGAUGGAAAGAUCCUAGAAAAUAUCACAGAAGAGUAGGGUGUUUUUCGACACAGCCUCCAACUAGGACAAUGUGGAUAGGAUUUCUUUAAAGAGGUCUUUAAAAAGAUCUUAUAGCAGUAAUGUACGUUUCUUCAUCAUUUAUAUAUUUAGCUCAUUGUUGAUUCGUCUGUCCAUCUAUGUAUUUGUGUGCAUUCUAUUUAUUUAAAUCCUUUGACUUGAAGAGGUUGAAAGGGGUGUCCAUCACUGGUUAAUUAUUCUGUGGUCUGAAAAGCAUUGAUGUGUUUGUUAUUUGAGCAGAGCCAAACUUGUACCUCAUGUGUCGUAUGUAUUCGUUUGGCCCAUUGAAGGUCAGUUUGUGAAACGCACAGUUUGAUGCAUAUUUAUCAUGUGUUUAAUAUUUAUACACUUGUGUUUGCUCCAGUUGAAUCGCUUUGUUUCUAUGCAACACCAUUGUAUUGUUUUAUGUCAAUAUUAUGAGUCUGCUGUAAUGUAUGCAUCCAUCAGGGCAAAAUAUCUCAACUAAUUACAAUCAAACUCAACUAAAUACAAUCAAACUCAAAUAAAGAGACAUUCACAAUGACAUUCAAGUCACCAUGGAACCCCAUUAACAGCACAGUCACCUGCAGGUUCAGUCAGGUUCCCAUUGGCUUCUCCUCUCUGUUCAGAGACUGGCUGAAACAUCAGUUUCUGUUAGGGAGUUCUACUGAAGGUUCCCUCAGUAGAAAAGAAAUAUGGACAGGAAGGACACAGAAGACACUGUAAGACACUGGGUGGUAUAUUACAAGAUGAGGUGAUCAGAGCUAAAGAACAACUUGAAAUGUUAUUUGAAUAUUCUAUGCAUCAGUUUGCUAUGUAUUGACGGUCCUAUUUAUUUAUUUAUUGUCAAAUUUCACCUUGUGUUCUAAGCAUGAGGAUCUGCUCUAUUUGCAUUGUACAUAGAUUGAGAUGAGUUCCCUCAGUGUGCACUGAUCACAUGUCCAAGGGUUAUGAAAAAGGGACUUAAGGACACAACUGAUGUAUGAAAUACCUUCUCCCAAUACCCCAAAGUCAUUAUGUAAACUGUGCAAAUGAAUAUGAAUUAGGCUACUGUGCUGUAAAUAGGCAUUUGACCUGUGUAUGCUCGUCAUAAGAGGGGUGUGAUUUCGUCUAUUUCAUUUAGAAAUAUGUGAAAUGGUUUGCUUUAACUGCACUGGUAUGAAUUCCUGUGAUGAACAAGGCCUCCUUGCCAUCAACGUUGCAUCUCUAUUUUUUUGUUUACCGGAUCAAUUAUGGUAUAGAAACUGAGAGUGAAGCUUAAAAUCUCUGACCGUGUUGUGUUUUGAAGGUUUGUCGCUAGGGGCAAAGCAAUAGAGAUAUGUGUAGGUGUUUAAUGAGGCAUAUGCUCUCGUUUCCAUGCGAACGGACAGCCAUUGAAGCCAAUCAGACGUCACCGUGAAAGUGUUUGCUUGACAUCCUGUAAUCAUGUUUCACUUGACGUGUCCCAACCAUGAUCCUGUAAAAUAAAUGUGUCCUCCAUAUUGUGUCUGGAAACUAUGUAACUAAGAAUAAAAAUGAAUAUUAAAAUCCAAGUUUAU